AUGGACAUUGCAGUGUCUGACCUAUUACCCGAAGAGUCUGGUUUCGUUGCCUUCAAUGUUUGGUUUCGAGUGGCUAAAAUGUUGAACAAGGUCAUUGGGCUUUAUCGCCCUAAUAUUGAAAAGGGCUUAUCUGGCUGGGAUUCCGGUUUCCCUAGCUUUGAGCAAAUUAUGGAUGAAAUGGACGCAUGGGAUCUUCCAGGAUCAACGAUUGGUGUUUGA